UCCAUCUUCAGCUAAAACAGCUAUGGAUUCCAAGUUCUCACUCUCUGUUUUCGCCCUUUCUUUAUCUGGUCUCCUCUGUUGUGCUCUUGCCCACGAUUUCUCCAUUGUCGGGUAUUCGCCCGAGCAUUUGGCUUCCACCGAUAAGCUCCUCUAUCUCUUCGGGUCGUGGAUGUCCAAACACAGUAAAUUUUACGGCAGCUUGGAGGAGAGGGUGCACAGAUUCGAGAUUUUCAGAGACAACCUGAUGCAUAUAAACAGGAGAAACAAUGAGAUCAGUAGUUACUGGCUUGGUCUGAACGAGUUUGCGGAUUUGACUCACGAUGAGUUCAAGAACAGAUAUUUAGGGCUUUCGAAACCAGAGAUCUCUAGAAAACGUGAAACCUCUGCUAAAUUCAGGUAUAGAGACGUCGACGGUUUACCCAAGUCUGUGGAUUGGAGGAAGAAAGGAGCUGUAACUCCAGUCAAGAACCAGGGUUCAUGUGGGAGUUGCUGGGCGUUUUCUACAGUUGCAGCCGUUGAGGGGAUCAAUCAGAUCGCAACCGGGAAUCUGACCACAUUGUCCGAGCAAGAACUGGUGGACUGUGACAGAAUCUUCAACAAUGGCUGCAAUGGAGGUCUCAUGGACUACGCAUUCGAGUACAUAAUCUCCAGCGGUGGCCUGCACAAGGAAGACGAUUACCCUUACCUCAUGGAGGAAGGGACUUGCCAAGAACAGAAAGAGGACAUGGAGCUCGUGACGAUAAGCGGUUAUGAAGAUGUUCCACAUAACGAUGAGGAAAGUCUCCUGAAGGCCUUAGCUCACCAGCCUGUAAGCGUGGCCAUCGAGGCCUCAGGAAGAGACUUCCAGUUCUACAGAGGGGGAGUUUUUGAUGGACCGUGUGGAACUGACUUAGACCAUGGAGUAGCUGCAAUAGGCUAUGGAUCAUCGAAGGGAUCGGGCUACAUCAUUGUCAAGAACUCAUGGGGAUCAAGAUGGGGAGAGAGAGGUUAUAUCAGGAUGAAGAUAAACACAGGUAAACCAGAAGGACUAUGCGGCAUCAACAAGUUAGCCUCUUAUCCUACCAAGGCUAAAAACUGAUGCAUUUCCUCCACAUCUUGCAGUUUUUCUUCUUUUGUUUCUUUCUUUCUUCUUCAUGCAACCUUGAUUUUAACCAUUUCAAACACACAUCAAUUUGUAUUGAUGAAUGUUGCAUCUGAAUAAUAUGGUCAAAGUAUCUUCAUCUA